AACAACAAAGUCUGGACCAGGUCUGGACACGUCCCUGCAGUUGUGCUCUUUAGCAGCUGGACUCGUCGUAAAGUACAAAUCAAACAAAGGACCAAGUUAUAUUUAGCCUCUGGUAAAGUCAACAAACGAGUAUUUAACUGUCAUUGUCUAUCUCUGAAUGCAAUCCUGACGCUCCAAAAAAAAACGCGGAAGCAGGUCAAGUCUGCUGUGUUCUCUCCCUCAGACAUGAAUCUAGCAGCAGAGAGCUGAGGGAUGGUUUGUGUUGGGGAGGAGGGGGAGCAGCAGCAGCAGCAGGACUAGAGGAGUCCGAAACAGAAGUGACCGCUAGCUACAUGUCAACCCUACAGACAGAGCUGAACUAGCGGGAGGAAGGAGAGGGAGAGACACACAGGGGGAGAGAAAGGGGGUCGGCUGGAAGGGAUACUGGUUAUUUUUUACCGUGAAUCACCACAACAUUUACGUUGUUUCACUUUGGGUUGAAGUUACCUGUUUUUUAAGGGGCUCGGGAAUCUCUGUUGUAGGAAGGUUAGCUUGUAGCCACCGCCAUCUCUGCGUUUGAGUCGGCGCCAUGGGGAACGCUGCCACGGCCAAGAAGGGCAACGAGCUGGAGAGCGUGAAAGAGUUUCUAGCCAAAGCCAAAGAAGACUUCCUACGGAAAUGGGAAUGCCCACCACAGAGCACAACGUGCCUAGAUGACUUUGACAGAUUGAAGACCCUGGGUACGGGCUCAUUCGGCAGAGUCAUGCUGGUGAAACACAAAGGAACAGAGCAAUACUUUGCCAUGAAAAUACUGGACAAACAGAAGGUGGUAAAACUCAAGCAAAUAGAACACACGUUAAAUGAGAAGAGGAUAUUACAGGCUGUGAGCUUCCCCUUUCUCGUCAGGCUUGAGUAUGCGUUCAAGGACAACUCCAACUUGUACAUGGUGAUGGAGUACGUUCCUGGAGGAGAGAUGUUCUCACACCUCAGAAGAAUUGGACGGUUCAGUGAACCGCACGCACGCUUUUACGCAGCACAAAUAGUGCUGACGUUCGAGUACCUCCAUUCACUAGAUCUCAUAUACAGAGAUCUGAAACCUGAGAACCUUCUCAUCGACCACCACGGAUACAUUCAGGUGACAGAUUUUGGAUUUGCAAAGCGGGUAAAAGGCAGGACCUGGACAUUGUGUGGGACACCGGAGUACUUGGCACCGGAAAUCAUUCUCAGCAAAGGUUAUAACAAAGCUGUGGAUUGGUGGGCCCUCGGAGUCCUCAUAUAUGAAAUGGCAGCCGGCUACCCUCCGUUCUUUGCAGACCAGCCUAUACAGAUCUAUGAGAAGAUUGUGUCUGGGAAGGUACGGUUUCCCUCCCACUUCAGCUCCGACCUAAAGGACCUGUUGAGAAACCUGCUGCAGGUGGAUCUGACCAAACGUUACGGCAACCUGAAGAACGGCGUCAACGACAUCAAGGGACACAAGUGGUUCGCCACGACGGACUGGAUCGCAAUUUACGAGAGAAAGGUCGAGGCUCCGUUCAUACCAAAGUGCAGAGGCCCAGGGGACACCAGCAACUUCGACGACUACGAGGAGGAGGAAAUCCGUGUUUCCGUAACGGAAAAAUGUGCAAAGGAGUUUGCAGAGUUUUAGGAUCCGAGGACAUGGAUAUAUCAGGGAAAUAAGGGGAUCUUUGCACUCUUCUAAAGACUUGGGAUGGAGCAGAGACCAUCGUUUUUUCAGAUCUACUUCAUAGUCCCUUCAUUCCACCAGGCUGAAAGAGGUCUCCAUGAUCCUUGGGUGCCGAUAACCUCUCACUGUCACAUACACCUGCGUAUUAAAGCAGACACAUCACGUUUUUUCUUCUCUUUUUUUGUACCUACCCACGUUUAUUUGUUUUUUUACUUUGAAGCAGUUAGUCUUGGAUGUUGUCACCCCUUUUUGAAAUGUGACAUUUUUUUCAAUUUAUAAGGGAAAACUGAGACAAUGGCCAAUACCAGUCCACAUAUUAUAACUGACAUGUCUGUGGCAGUUGCACACACCAAAAAAACGUGUGUGGUUUGUGAGAUGUUUCCUCCAGUUGUCAGCGCUGUAUAUUCAACUGUCUGUUACAAAUCUACGUGGCAUUGGCUAUUGUUAAAGUAUGGCCAGCUUUCAGAGGUAGCAUUUGUCCUAUGUGCAUAUCUAUUUGUUUUGAGCGUUGAGAGAAUGACCAAACAGGAAAAUGCAAGAUCGGAGUUGUUGUUUUUUUUCCUCCUUUCUUUGCUUUUUGCCCAGAACUCCAAGUCCUCAGAUCCCCCACAGAAGCAUCCAUUCACUGUCUUCUUGGUAUUCUGACCCAGGCGCAGUAAGCAGAAAAUGACAUACCUUGUUACAUUGGUAAGAAGCAAAUCAUGUUGUUUGUUUGAUCCUUUCGGGUCUGUUAGUUUCAUGUAAACUUUGUCAUUUUUACUGUUUGUUUUUGUUGCUGUGUCUAAUAUCAUAGUCAUGAUGUCCCUAGAUUUUGGGUCUUCUUACAAAGACCUUCUCCUAUAAGUCUGUGGAACAAUAUGACUUUUGUAAAUGGUAAAAAGAGUGAGCUAAAAUCCUUCUAAGGGUUUUUAUUGAGUGUAAUGUAAAGUUAAGACAGUCAUUAUGAAUACUGUUGUGGCUUGUGCCUCAACAUUGAUAGUGCAAACUUAAAAAAAAAAAAGUAAUAUAUGAAAUCAAGGAUGUUUUUCAAAUCUUGCGAAAACAGGAAUUCAAGAAUUUUUAUUUACCGUGCAAUCUUGUUACAUGCCCCGAACAGAUGUGUUUGUUUCAUUCUUGUCAAAGAAUGUAGAUUUGCGACUUACAGGUAUGCAUACAUUGAAAGCUUAUUUUCAAGGUACAGUUUUCCUCACAAUACACUGGCUCAAAUGAAGACUGCUCCUUUGUAUCACAUGUAACCCUGUUAUUGUUAAACUCAUUACAUCAUACGUAUAUACAUUGUUUCAUAUAUGUUUUUAUUUAUACACAUUAGAGAUGCUAAUAAAUUUUAUUUUUAAAAGUG